AUGUCAGGAGAAGAUUUAACCCAACCAAAUUAUAAUUUGAUUGAUAAUAAAGAAGAUCAAAUCGAAUCAAUCAAUUGUCCAGAACCAUCAUUUCCUUGGUUUUAUAAAUUAUGGAGAGUUCAAGGAUAUUAUAAUUUAUUAAUAUUAAAAUGUUAUCCAAUCAUUCAAGUAUUUGUUAUUGCAUUUCUUGGUAUUUUCUUGAUUUAUUUAGAUUAUUCCACAUUUAUUGGAUUUCCAUUAAAACCAAUUACAACAAAUGAUGGAACAUUACCAUCAUUUUUUGACUUUUUUGUAACAAGUAGCUUAAGAAAUGUACUUGUAAGUAUUGUUGGAAUAUUUGUAAUUAUUUCAUUAAUAUAUUAUGGAUAUAAAUUAUAUAAAAUAAUGAACGAUGAAAAUUUAUUAAAUGCAAAUAAAUUUUUUAAUGAUAGAAAAGUUUUGUCUGUUGGAGGAGAUUGGAAUAAAGUAAAAAGAAUGUUAAGAUAUUCACAAAAUACAGAAGCUGAACUCGACCCUGAAGGAUUUACUACAAGUACAAUAAUUAUGACAUCAGGAUAUUUUGAUGGAGAUGUUGAAAUUGAAAAUGAUUCUGAAAGUAGUGAAUCAAUCAAUGAAAUAAAAGGUGUUAAACAUGAAGAAGGAGAAGUUAAAAUAGAAGGAUUAGAAGAAUCACCAAAGAAAAGUAAACAAAAAGAAGAAAAUUUAUUUAUUAAAAGAUGUACAUUAAGUAAUGACUUAAUGAGUAAAUUAAUUACACAAAGAGAAAAUGAAUUAAGAAAAGGAAGUCGUUAUUUAUAUAAGAUUAUUAAAGAUAUUUAUUUCCCUAAUAAAGAAAUAGAUUUUUAUAAAUCACUUAUUCAAGAAGAACAUAAAUUUCAUACUUUAAAUGAAAAUCAAUGGAAAGAGAGAAUUAAAAAUAAAGUAAAUGAAUAUAAAAGAUGGUAUAUACAACCUAUUGUAUUAAUAAAAUUAUUAUACAAUUUAAUUGUAUUAUGUUUAAAGUACUUUGGUAUAUUAUUAUCUCCAUCUUUGUUAUUAAAAAAACAAUGGACAUAUUAUUCACAUUAUUUAUUAAGACAAACUCAUGAACUUGGACAUGAGACUGAAGUUAGAAUGAAAAGUGCAGAAGAUGUAAUCGAAGGAAUAAUUUCUUUAACACCAAUUGACCAAUUUAAUAGAGCAAUAAUGAGAAAUUUAAGAGCAGUAUUUAUGUUAGUAUUUGUUGUAUUCUUUACUUUAAAUAUACGAAGUGAAUUUCAAUUAUUUGGAAUAAGUAGUGCAGUUAUUUGUAAUAUACUUCUUACUAUUGUAGUUCUUUGUUAUGACAGUAGUCAAAAAGAAAUUCAAUCACAAACAUAUGACAGCGCAAGAGAUGCUUUAACAGAAUGUUUCCCUCAAUUAAAAAAUAUUGUAAGAGAAAAUAGUAAGCAAAAAGAUGUUAUUAAUUAUAUUAAGAAAAACAUGUAUAAAGAAUUAUAUCAAUGUCUUAUUGAUGAAAUCAUUGCACCAUUAAAAGUGUAUAAGAUAUUAAAACAAUGUGGAACUAACUCAGAUGUGAGUGAAAUAUUACAAAAUGUAAUAAAACCAGUAAUAGAAGAAUAA